AGCCCUCGACCGCCGCCAAUGGGAACGUGCGCCGGGUUCGACACCCAUCUUCGAGGUUCUGGUUAUAAAGCGGCCCGCUCCAUCCUCCGGGCUCCAGAGCAGCUUCUCCUUUUUCUUUUCGGACAAUUUGUUUUGAAUAUUCAGUGAAGUUCCAGGAUGGACAACAAGUCGUACUUGCUUCAGAUGAACGGGAACGGCGUCCACGGCAAAUCUGCGCUCCACAGCAAAACCCUGGGCGGAAGCCCGGCGGUCAACGGGACGGGCCACGUCGGGACGGGCCACGUCGGGACGGGCCACGUCGGGACGGGCCACGUCGGGACGGGCCACGUGGGGACGGGCCACGUGGGGACGGGCCACGUGGGGACGGGCCACGUGGGGACGGGCCACGUCGGGACGGGCCACGUCGGGACGGGCCACGUCGGCACGAACGGAGCAAUGCACACGACCAAGGCCAAGAGCCGCCGGCAGCGGUGGGAGGUGAAGCCGUCGGAGAUGGCCAACAACACGCUCAACCCCAUCAGGGCCAUCGUGGACGAGAUGAAGCUCACCCCCAACCGGGACAAACCCAUGAUCGCUCUCUCUAUAGGGGACCCCACCGUGUUCGGAAACCUGCCCACCGACGACGUGGUGCUUCAGGCCAUGAAAGACGCCAUAGACUCGCACAAAUUCAACGGCUACGCUCCGUCCGUCGGUUAUCUGAAGAGCCGACAGGCAGUGGCCAACUUCUACAGCUGCCACGGGGCGCCACUGGAGGCAGAGGAUGUGAUCCUGACCAGCGGCUGCAGUCACGCCAUCGACCUGGCGAUCAGCGUCCUGUGUAACCCGGGCGACAACAUCCUGGUCCCGUCGCCGGGCUUCUCCCUGUACAAGACUCUGGCCGUGUCCAUGGGCAUCAAGGUCAAGUUCUACAACCUGCUGCCAGAGAGGUCGUGGGAGGUCGACCUGCAGCACAUGGAGAGCCUGAUCGACGAGAGGACGUCCUGUCUGAUCGUCACCAAUCCGUCCAACCCGUGCGGCUCCGUCUUCAGCAAGGAACAUCUCCAGAAGAUCCUGAGAGUGGCCUCCAGACACUGCGUUCCCAUUCUGGCCGAUGAGAUCUACAGUGACAUGGUUUUCCCGGGCUGCAGCUCUCCCUCCAUGGCGUCUCUCAGCAGCGACGUUCCCAUCCUGUCGUGCGGUGGCUUGGCUAAACGCUGGCUGGUCCCGGGCUGGAGGAUGGGAUGGAUCCUCAUCCACGACAGGAAUGACAUAUUUGGAUCUAAGAUCCGACAGGGGCUGGUGAAGCUGAGCCAGCGGAUCCUGGGAGCCUGCAGCCUCGUCCAGGGGGCGCUGGAGGGCAUCCUCAAUAACACACCCCACACCUUCUACAGCCAAACCAUCAGUUUACUAAUGUCCAACUCGGAGAUCUGUUUCAACGAGCUGUCCGCCGUCCCCGGCCUGAACCCCGUCAAGUCCUCGGGAGCCAUGUACCUCAUGGUGGGGAUCGACAUGGAUCACUUUCCAGAAUUUAGGAAUGAUGUGGACUUUACUGAGCGGCUGGUCACGGAGCAGUCGGUCUUCUGUCUUCCUACCUCGGCAUUCGAGUAUCCAAACUUCUUCCGCAUUGUGUUGACGGUGCCGGAGGAGCUGAUGGCGGAGGCCUGUGGUCGCAUCCGGGAGUUCUGCCAGUGUCACUAUCGACCCAGCAGCCGCGACGGCAACGAUCUGGACCAGUGACGGAGCGGAGACGGGACGAGAUGCUUGAACUGAACUACGCUCACACACACACACUCAUGAGCCAGAUCAUUAUGACCGCCUCCGUUCACUACGCUGUUGGUCCUCUAUGUGUCAGAUGAAUGGUAAAACAUUUGAUUUUGGACCACAUGAUGUUAAAUCAGUGCAAGGGGGAGCGGCUUUAGUGCCGGUGUGUUGUUUAGUGUAUUUGUGAGUCUGUGGAAUACGAUCUGGGACGGACACGCACACUUGUGAUCCAACGCAGCGUCUUGUCGGAUGAUGUCACGUUGCGUUGAGGCAAAAAAGAGCAUCCGUACGGAGGCCCUGUAGUGCAAAACACAACGCAAAUCACAAAACACAACAGCUGAUCAAAAACACAACAGCUGAUCAAAAACACAACAGCUGAUCAAAAACACAACAGCUGAUCAAAAACACAACAGCUGAUCAAAAACACAACGGCAAAACAGAAACUGCCAAACAGAAACCAGGCUUUCUAUUUCCUGGUUUCUGUUUUGCCGUUGUGUUUUGUGAUUUGUGUUUUGCACUUCAGGGCCACCGUACUCCCCCGCGUUCACUGAGCAUCUAAAGUAUCCCGACCUUGUCCGGAGCUGUUGUUUGGACAUAGGCUCCUCCUCCUCCUGUGCGUGGUCAUGAUGAUUCGGCUCGCUGGUGUAAACCGAGCUUUGGGAUUUUUAUUACACCAAAACAUUAAUCUGAUGUAAAAAAACCUGUGUUGAUAUUAUCGUCGCUGUGGCAACAAGAAGCGUUUGCGAGCAGCGAUAUCUGAUGGUCCACUCACGUUGUCAUUUUUUGAUGCAAACCAUUUGAAAUCAUCAGACCUAAUAUUUAUAUUUUAUAUGGGCAACUUGUAUUAACCUCUACGGUUUUUUAGUGUGUAUUUAUAUAAUUUGUGUAACCUCUUUAUGUCUGUUCUUCAUUUACUGAUCAAUAAUUAGAGCAAGUAUAUAUAUAUUUUUUUCAAUAUACAUUUUUAUAUACGUUCUUUUUCAAUAAUCUUCUGUAUUCUUUGCUUCUGCUUCGAAAAUGACCAAGAGCCAAAGUGUUAAGAUUCUUUACCAGAACUUUAUCUGUAUAUUAUUUGUAUGUUAAUUGUGUCAUAUUGAAAAGCAUGUAUAGAUUUUAUUUAGUCGUUUUCUUGAUAAUAAAACGUAAUAAAAACACGA